AAAUAGGAGAUGUGGUGGCAAUUUGCAAGGUCUCUCUCUGUCUGAGGGGCCAAACUGCUUCUCAAGCUAUCCAUCAUCUUCAUCUUCAUCUUCCCCAAACCAUAGCUAGGGUUUCCACUUUCUCACUCAGAGCUUCCAAAUUAAUCCAUAAUUCAACCCAAUUUCUCAAUCUUUUCAUACUUAUCAGUUCAUACAACUUCGCCAAAUCGGAACACAUCGACAAUUCUGCGUGUUCUCUGUCUGCACAUCAAUGAUGGCUACUAGUGCAGUUACAUCUUUGCCCAAAUUACCACCAGUAAGAAGAGGUGGCCACUGCAUUCAAGAGAAUGUUGUUCUUACAUCUAAAUUUCCAAGAGGACUAGUUGCUGUUAAUAGUUCAAGAUCAUUCAGCUGUACACAGUUUCCACUUGGUAGAAGAACUCGUUCUCAGGCAGCAACUAUAAUAUGUGCUGCAGCUUCGAAUGCAAGAUGUGGUGCAGAGCAAACUCAGACUAUUACUCGAGAGGCUCCUACAAUUACCCAUCUUCCUGGUAAGGAGAAGUCCCCACAACUCGACGAUGGCGGAAGUGGAUUUCCACCUCGUGAUGAUGAUGACGGCGGGGGAGGAGGCGGAGGAGGCGGCAACUGGUCUGGUGGAUUUUUCUUUUUUGGGUUCCUUGCUUUUCUUGGCUUCUUAAAGGACAAAGAAAGUGAAGAUGAUGGUUAUUCUUACAGCGAUAACCGAAGAAGGCGGUGAUAAAUUUGGUAGAGACAUAUGUAUGCUUGUUAGAAAAUUUUUCUGUUGUAUUCUUUAGUUUCCCUAUCAUAUAUACGUACUGUAGAGAAAGACAUGCUUGAUGUGAAACCAAUCAUACCAGAAGUAUCACUGAACUUUAUUGGUUUAAUUUAGUAGAGGAAGUGUUGUAAUAUUUGUGGUGCAUCAAUUUCUAAGCAAAAUUUAAUAGGAAAUCAACAAUUUUAUAUUUUUUUGAUAAA